AUGUCAACUCCCAGCACGGAAGACAAUCAAGCUACCCUAGCAAGGGAAAGAAGUACUCGUGGAGCACAUCGUGGUGUUGUCACUAAGUACAUCAACGACGCCAAUGCAAUCAUGGCAAAUCCUACUGACCAAGUAUCGAAGCAAGAUUUUGAGGCACUCAAAGUUGUUCUGAUGCACUUGGACAGGAAGCUCAUCACACUCAAUUCCAUCAACAAGACGAUUGAAGCUAUCACUCCAGAUUCUUCACAAAAACUAAACUACCUCAAAGCAGCCCUCAAAGAUGAACCUGCCAGAAUCAUAGCUUCUUUGUCAAUCACCGACGCAAACUACGCCAUUGCUAAACAACAGCUCAUAAAACGAUACGACAACAGACGCUCAGUAAUCAAUGCUCAUAUUCAGGAGUUUCUUGCAUUUUCGGCAUUGAAAAGCGAAAAUGUCAGUGCCCUGAGGAAACUACAGUCGAAGAUUGUGGAGCACCUGUCAGCCCUUCAAUCUCAUAAAGUGGAUACUAGUGCGUACAUCUACGUAUCUCAUUCUAGAGAAAUUGGACCCGGAAACAAGAAGACAAUGGGAGCUUCAGAAUCCUGUCAUUUUGCGAAUCAAUGCAACUCAACAAGCACAUGCAAGACAUGUCAAGGCAAGCACAACACGCUGCUACACAGGUCCGCCCAAGCGAUCAAUCAUAUUGGCACCAGGAGACCCGAGGAGACGGAUACCAUCCUACCCACUGCGCAGGUUGCAUUCAAGGAUCGUCAUGGUAAUGUACAAUAUUUUCGCGCAUUACUAGAUCAAGGUUCAACUGCUUCGGUCAUGACACGCCAUUGUGCCCAGCAGCUAGGAUUGCGUUGUCAGAAAGUAACUACUAAUCUUCAAUCCGUGGGGGAGACAGUCUCCGCACAAUCAAAUUCAGUUGUUACUGCUGAAAUGCUUCCCAGAUUCUCCAAAUCUUUGACAGGAGUAUUCAUUGUCCUGCCUCGUGUGACCUGCAACCUCCCACUGGCUAACGUGAACUUCGGCGGGUGGAAGCAUAUCAACAAUCUUGAUAUGGCUGACAGCAGUUUUCACAAGCCUGGCAGAAUUGAUGUUCUUCUUGGAGUGGACGUCUACUCAGCACUUCUCAAACCUGGAUUGAUCAAGUUGAGCGAUACAAUUUGUCUUCAAGAAACAGACUUGGGCUGGAUUGUAUCUGGUGCAACCUCUUCAAAUUCAUCGCAAUCGAAGCAUGUCUCUAUGACGACCCACAAUACGGAAGAAAUCGUGAAUCACUUACUUAUGCAAGAAGAUACGGAUCAAGUUCUCAAGAAGUUUUGGGAAUUGGAAGAAGUCCCUAAGAGUUCUCGUCUAACUCAAGAAGAAAGGGAAUGUGAAGAUUACUUCACUAAAACAACAAUGCGGGAUGAUGAAGGGAGGUACGUUGUCAAACUUCCAGUAAAGGACGGCGCCCCUUCUCUCGCUGAAAGCUACCAACAAGCUGAACGACGCUUUUUAUUACUUGAACAACGUCUCUUAAAAGACAAGCAACUGAAGGAUAAGUACGAAGCAUUUGUAAACGAAUUCAUUGAUCUAGGACAUCUAGAACUCGUUCCCGCAGCAGAAAUCAAUAAACAUUGCGCAGACGUGUUUUACCUUCCGCAUCACUGUGUGACUAAGGACUCUAGUACGACAACUAAGCUUCGUGUUGUCUUUGAUGCUUCAGCCAAAACGAGUGGUGGAGGUCCAUCUCUUAAUGACACACUCAUGACUGGUCCCGUGAUCCAAGAUAGUUUGUUCAAUAUACUCAGUCGCUUCCGAGUUCAUCAAAUUGCCUUAUCUGCUGAUGUGGCCAAAAUGUAUAGAAAAAUCUGUUUAGCACGACCAGACAAGGACUUUCAUCGGAUACUCUGGCGAAACGAUCCAAAGAAACCCAUUAAGACCUACAGGAUGACUCGCGUGACCUAUGGGAUACGUUCAUCUGCAUACCAUUCAACUAGAUCCCUCACGGAAACAGCUUUAGAUGUUGACGACGAAAUCACCGCUCAAGUCAUAAGAAACGAUUUUUAUGUCGACGAUGCUCUUACAGGUGCAGACACUGUGGAAGAGGCAGUCGUAUUACAAGAUAAUCUUAUAUCAACACUCAAGAAAGGUGGUUUCGAUCUUCGAAAGUGGUCAAGCAAUUGCCCACAAGUAAUCACAAGAUUACCGACUUCGUUGCAAGAGGCACCCGAAGCCUACACAAUCUGUGACAAACAGUACUCAAUCAAGACCCUUGGUGUGAAUUGGCACCCAAUCACUGAUCAAUUUUCGUUCACUAUAACAAGAAUGCCUGAAAUAUCAAAGUUGACAAAGAGGAAACUGCUGUCUGAUGUUUCCACAUUCUACGAUCCCAUGGGGUGGCUUUCUCCUACAAUCUUACAGUUCAAGAUUCUCUUGAAAGAAUGCUGGCUGGCUGGAUCUGAUUGGGAUGAACGACUUCCGGAAUCUAUUGAGAUGUCAUGGAGAAAUUCUAGAGGAGAACUUUCUUUGCUUCAAAAUUUAACAAUCAACCGACCUUUAACACAUCAAUCGCCUAUUGUUGAAAUGCAACUUCAUGUUUUUUGUGAUGCCUCAGAGCGCGCAUUUGCUGCAGCAGUUUACUCCCGUUGUACGGAUGCCACUGGAAAUGUUGUUGUAAACCUCCUCUCCGCUAAGACAAAGCUCUCUCCCAUUAAGCAAAUAAGUAUACCAAGAUUGGAACUUAGCGCUGCUGCCUUAGGCUGCAAAUUAUUGAAAGCAUGCCUGGAUGCAUUCUCUUCUCAGAAGAAGCCAAUGCUCAAACCCAUCGGAUGGACUGAUUCGACUGUAGUUCUGUCGUGGAUCAACGACCACCCAGCAAAAUGGUCAUGUUUUGUUGGCAAUCGAUACACAGCAAUACAAGAAAUUAUUCCACCUGCCUCUUGGAAGCAUGUUCCCUCAGCCGAAAAUCCAGCGGAUUGCGCCUCCAGAGGAUUGGCCCCUAGUCUUCUCCUUUCUCAUAAACUUUGGUGGAAUGGCCCUUCCUGGCUCGCCGAAAAUCCUAUCACAUGGCCCCAACAACCGUCAAUCAUCAGUAACGAGGAUUCAGAGAGACGCAAGCGAACGAUUCUUCAUGCGUAUAAGGUACCUCUAUGUCAACCAUUCGAGACCAGGUUCUCUGUUAUGUCUAGACUUGUACGAGUGACUGCAUGGCUACUCCGAGCUUCAAAGUUGUUAAGGAAAAUUACAACUCCUAAAGGCAAUCUUAUGGCAGAUGAACUCGUCACGGCACUACACGCACUUCUAGCAAGCCAUCAAAAGGACUUUUUCAAUGAUGAGAUCUCGCAACUAUCUGAGGAGACAUCGUACAGAGGAGCACUCCUGUCGCUGACGCCCUUUGUUGAAAAAGAUAGCGGUCUUUUACGAGUGGGGGGAAGCUGUCUGUUGACUGAACUUCUGUCGCAAGAACUUGAUGACACGUCGCAGAACAAUGUGUUGCCCACGGAAAGAACACAUCAUUUGGCCAGGACCAGAUUGGAAAUCAGGGAACGAGUAGUUAGAAACUGA